AUGGACGAUGACUUGAGUACUAAUGAUGUGAGAAUAAGCGUUCCAAUCGUUGCUGAAAUCAAUAUUUCUGAAAACUUAGUAGCAGAAGUUGUCAAUCCCAUUGACGUAGAAUUCACACCAAAAUUGAACGUGCAGUUUGACACUGAGGAGGAAGCAUGUGACUUUUACAAUGCUUAUGGGGGUAAAGUUGGAUUCAGUAUUCGUAAGGAUUAUGCAAAUAAAAGCCGUAAGACAGAUUUGAGAAUGAUAAUUGACUAUGGGCAUUUUGGAGACGUCAUCACAUUCGACACGACAUACAAGCUCGUCAAAAGCAAUCGUCCUUUUGCGGCUUUUCUUGGUUUGAAUCAUCAUCGAGAGACUGCUGUCUUUGGACUAGCAUUGAUGUAUGACGAGACUGCCAAUUCCUUUGCAUGGCUGUUUGAUUCAUUCUUGAAUGCAAUGUCAGGUAAAGUACCACAAACGAUUCUUACUGACCAAGAUGGUGCAAUGGUAAAGGCGUUGGCACAAGUUAUGCCGAGGAUAAGACAUUUACUUUGCACGUGGCACAUCAUGGCAAAUGCACAGAAGCAUGUAGGCACCAUUUUUAGGAAUGAUGGAGGGAUUAAAAGUGUGCUGAGUCAAUUCAUGUAUUGUUAUGAUGAUGAGGAUGAUUUUUAUAUACAAUGGGAUGUAAUGUUAAGGGAGUACAAUGUUGUUGGUAACACAUGGUUGAAUAAUUUGUUUGGUUUGAGAGAAAAAUGGGGUUAUCCAUUUGUUAAACAUUGGUUUACAGCUGGAAUACGGACAACGCAGCUGAGUGAAGGUCUAAAUAGCUGCUUGAAAGAGUACUUAACCAGGAAAAUGAGUAUUCCAGAUUUCUUCAUGCACCUUGACAGGCUAUUGUCAGACAAACGGUACAAGGAAUAUCAAGCUGAGUAUGGUUUACUCAGUAAGCUACCUAGACUUAAACAAAAUUGUCCCAUUCUAAAACAAGUGGGUAAUAUGUAUAUGUUGAAGAUUUUUAAACUUUUCCAGGACCAAUUCAUAGAAGCUUGUGUGGUUGCUACCAUGGAAGGAACAAGUUUAGAUGAAAAUGGAUUACGUGUUUUUAGAGUAUCUGUUCAUGAUGGUAGUAUGGAUCGGACUGUGACAAGGUGGGAUGAUGGCUUUCUAAGUUGUUCGUGCGGGAAAUAUGCAAUGAAGGGUAUUUUGUGCAGCCAUGUACUUAAAGUACUGAAAGACGACACUCAUUAUUUCAAAGAAUUACCUUAUAUGUAUAUACUAAAAAGGUGGACGAGAAAAGCUAAGGAUAACAGAAUACAAGACAUCCGUGGAUGUGAAGUUAUUGCUGAUCCUAAACUUGAAAAAUCAAACGGCAACAACAGUGUUGGUGCAGGGGUAAGUGGCAGUGGUACCGUGCCACCUAUUACAUAUGUACGUCUGAAUGGUUGUGACAUUCCUAGCGACACCACUUGGAUUUACAAAGAUCAUCACCCAUGUGCGCGUUUACAUUCAGAAACAAAUAUCGACCAAAUGACAUAUUGUCCUACCACUAACUUCAAUCAUCCCAUAACUCCACCAACUGAACAGGGGACUCCAUUUGUUUCGUAUCAUGAAUGCCGAUUCUCAGAUAAUCUUGAUGUUGAUCACACCAGUGGUGACCGUAAUUUGAUGCCAAUGUCGGAGGAGACAACAUCCGAGAUCAAUCCUCCAGCUUGGCAAAAGUUGUUUUGA